AUGUCUGUCACCGCAAACAGAGAAAAUGGAGGAAGCUGGUCAGUGCUUAAAAAUGACGCAAACCAAUGGCUUCAGGUGGACCUCGGUAGCUACAUACGGGUGACGGGCAUAGCUACUCAGGGAAGGAAUGGGCACGACGAGUGGGUGACAAAGUUCAGGCUACAAUACGGUGAAGAUGAAUAUGUCUUUCAUUUCUUUGGGGAUGUAGGAGAUUUUGCUGCAAGGGUUUUUAAAGGAAAUACAGACAGCGACACUGUUGUGCACAACACACUGACCCCACCAGUCGUAACGCGUUAUAUUCGAUUCAAACCUGCUGAGUGGCACAAUCGAAUAUCCAUGAGGAUUGAGAUCUAUGGCUGUUCUGGUUGUAUAAAUCCUCUUGGAAUGGCAUUUGGAUCAAUAUCUGAUAUUCAGAUAACAGCAUCAUCACAACUAGAUGGCAAUCACUCCGCAUCACAGGCCAGGUUACAUUUCCGAGCUGAUGGCUACAAAGUUGGGGGUUGGUCAGCUCUCACAAAUGACCGUAACCAAUGGCUUCAAGUGGAUUUUGGUAGGUACACAAAAGUGACGCGCUUGGCGACUCAGGGGAUGGAUGGCUACAAUCAGUGGGUGACUAAAUACAUGUUACAAUACAGUGAUGAUGGAAUAAACUUCUACCUCUACAAGGAAGCCAUAUCCAGUUCUGCAAAGGUGUUCGAUGGAAAUCAAGACCAAAAUACUGUUUUCUUUAAUGUAUUGAGCCCACCAAUACCACACGCUGCAUCCGAGUGAAGCCGGUAGCCUGGAACGACCACAUAUCGAUGAGAAUGGAAAUCUACGGAUGCCCAGGUUGUGUAGCACCACUUGGCAUGGAUAGCGGAGCAAUCACCGAUGCUCAGAUAAGUACCUCUUUAGAGUUGGAUGAUAAUCAUGCAGCCAG